AUGGCAUCAUCAUCAACUGGACCGUCCCCUUUGUAUUGUGGUCCCGAAGACCCGAGCGUACUUUACUUGCAACCGCAUCAUAUAACUGAAAGUAUAAUCUCUGGGAAUGAUACCGACACCUUUCAACCACGCAAAUUGGAUAAUAACAUUUUUCAAGCUCCAAUGCAUGACCGAGUGUUGGGGCAUAUAGAGCGGAUGGGUUUUGGUGGCGUGUACCGUUGUGGAAAGCCAAAAAUGUUGGACGCUUCACUUAUUGGGGCAUUAAUUGAGAGGUGGCGUCCCGAGACACACACGUUUCACCUUCCAGUUGGUGAAGCUACAGUGACCCUUCAAGAUGUCGAGAUGCUUUGGGGUUUAAGGGUUGAUGGUGAACCAGUUAUCCUUACACAAGUGAACCACACGAGAGAGUACUGGGUGGAUACGUGUUUGUCGCUUUUAGGUAUAGAACCUAGUCAAGCUGAAUUGAAGUUGGGGGGAUUUAAUGCCACUACACUGAAGGAUGUUGUUAGACACCGUCUUGACGACGAUCUACCCGAGUAUUAUUACAUGCAGCAUGCACGUAUAUUUGUGCUACUCCUACUAGGUUGUUUGAUCCUCCCAGACACUUCGGGGAGAAAAAUUCCCUUCCACCACAUUCUAUUACUAGAUGACGAGAAUCAGUGUUCACAACUUAGUUGGGGUGCAGCAGCGCUUGCCACUUUAUAUCACUACCUUUGUGAAGCUUCGUGUCAAAAGCAGAAAAAUAUCGGUGGCCCAUUGGCCCUUCUACAGAUGUGGGCUUGGGAGAGGAUACCCAAUAUUCGACCCGAGAUAGUUGAUAGGGUUGAGUAUGAUGGUACGACACCAUGUGGAAUAAUGUGGAGGGGGCGAUUGAAUGUGGGUAGAGCCCCGCAACAUGUUCAAAGUUAUUAUAGGGAACAAUUGGCUCAUUUGCACGACAAUCAGUUUAUUUGGGAGCCGUAUUUGGAUCGUCGUCCUCUACCAGAGGAGUGCACGCGUGGGAUGGAUGUUUGGGCGUGCACUAACUACCUCAUUUGCUAUCAUAUUGUGGAGCCGUAUUUGGGUCAUCGAGUUGCACGACAGUUUGGAAACCCCCAACAUAUUUUUCUUAAUGAGACUCAAUUCCACAAUUAUGAGAGAUGGGAAAGUACAAGGCGAGGUAAGUCAUCCGUAAACUGGCUAACUCAUCAUGCUUACUACGUUCAGUAUUGGAGGAACCGGGGAGAAAUAGAACAACAGGUGUAUCCAGAUGCCUCGAAUACUGACUACAUGAAUUGGUUUCGGAAAAUCACUGUGACUUACAUUACUAGACCCGGCAUCCAUGGCCAGCCAGGCAUCCAUGAGACUGCCUCUACACAUACGAUGAUGUUGGAGACGUUGGUCAAUGUGUAUCACUGCCUUAGCGGAUCUGAGACGGCAUAUCAUCAGGACAUCCAACGUGCUCUAAACAUGGUGUCGACUUGUAUGACAGUAUGUGGGGAGACUGAACGUCUUGAUUUUGUGCCUACCCAGCGAUCAGCGAUUGACACUACAAGACCAAUCAUUCACAACGCUAGGCGCGAAGGACGGCCUGGUGUCCGUAUUGGCGGUCCAGGGUAUAGGCGGGAUGUAGGUUUCUCGCAGAUGGGCGGAGGAUGCAGUGACCCACCGCGUGCUUCUUGGCAUGCUGGAUCAAGUUCACAGAUGAUGGGUGACGAAUAUUAUUCUGAAGUUAACCUUGAUGAAUAUUUUGGAGUAAGAUUACAAACACAGGAGGAGGUUGAGGCUGAGGAGGAUGAUGAUGCUGAGGAGGAUGAAGCUGAAGUGAAUGAUGAUGCUGAGGACAAUGAGGCACGUGAGACAGCUUGGCGCGAGUCACGCACAAAGGCUCGUCAUGAGUCUGGGGCGGCUUCUGGGCCAGCUUCUAGUUCUUCACUCUCCACACGAGGAUUGACACGGAAUAUAACAAGAUUCUUUACUAGGAGAACAUCCUCGCGUACAUCCAAAGGGGUAGCUGCCAUCAAGUUUACACCAAGUACUUACAAGUAG